CCUUUGAGGAUUUGCUAGGAAGUUCUUGACAGAGGGAACGCCACUAGAUGAAUCACAUUGUUCCUUUUGGGAGAAGAUGAAAACUUUCUUUGUGGUUAUUUUGGCUACUGGUUAUUUCUCAUAUAUUUUUGGUAACGGGCCACACAAGGACAUUCCAUGCGGUUACUAUCAAAAGAAGACCAUACAACAAAAAUCUAUAUGCUCCAUAAGAGCCAGCCCAUUAUGCGCUUCUAAUAAUGUUACGUAUUCUAAUUCCUGCGUGUACUGCUUCGCUAACAUAGCUUUGAAACACACUUUGAAAAUUCAAUACAGUGGAAAAUGCAGAACGACUAAAAAAUCUCAGAAUAAGACCUGAUUUUCCUUCAUUCGUCAGGACUGAACCCAUUUGAAUUAAACAUCGUCUUUCUUUCAAAAAGUGGAAUUCAUUACAUCACUUUAUUUUUAAAAAAUCAAUAAAUCUUAUGCUAUGGAAAGCCCCUCUGUAACUUAAGAUAUAUUUAAUGAGAUGUGCCAGAAUUGUGUUUGUUUCUAGAAAUACAGAGCUGAGUUGAAAGUGACCCCUGACUUUGAGCCACUCACAGUCUGUUAUGCUAAUUGGACAAUUCAUUCAUUUAUUCAAUAAAUAUUCUUUAAGUACUUAUGAGAGUGAGAGAUUUGGUUAAAUUCUAGGACCUCAGUGGUAAUCAAAACAGGCCCAUGUCUUCGUGCAGUUUACAGUCCA